AUGUGGUACUAUGAAACUAGACGAACGCCAUUCCGGCGAAUCCUACAUGAGUACUGCGUGGAAAAUUUCGUAUACGCGUUGCGAUACGUUGCCGACCAUCGAUUGCUCAAGUUUGAAAGAUCCUGGUGGAUGGCCUGGAUCGUGGCCUCUCUCGUAGCCUGCGGGAUCGCCGUAGUCCAGCUCUAUCACAAGUGGGACGCAAACCCGGUGGUCAUCGUGUACGCUCCCAAGUUAAUACCGAUCUACACCGUCCCAUUUCCGGCCAUCACAAUCUGCCCGCUGACGAAGGUUCUCGUUGACCAGUUCAACCUGACCCACGCCUAUCAGCAGGUCCAGAACGGGACAACGCUGGACGAGGAACGCGAGUUGAAGCUACGAGCGUUAGCUCACGUCUGUCCGUUCUCGCACAACUGGAAACAAUUCGAUCCGCGGGAGGACGAGAAGAUAUUCCAAACGCUGCGGAACAUGGCCCUGCCGAAGGAAAUCGUCGCCCAGUGGUGCCUGUGGCGGUUCAAGAAGAUCGAAUGUAACGACAUGAUAACGGAGACGUUGACGGAUGAUGGGAUCUGCUAUACGUUCAACGCACUGCCGGCGAAUCAGAUAUACCGCGCUGGGGUUAUUUCGCCGGAAUUUUUGGCAUUCACGAACGCAAGUACCGUUCGGUCUAACUGGACGCAGGAAAAAGGCUACCGCCGCAAUGCCGGACUCCACACGUACCCGCACCGUCCUUUGAGCAACGGUAUGUUUUCGGGACUCUUCAUGGUACUGUCUGUUCGACAUAUUGAUCAGGAGUUUUUGUGUAGGGGAGCAUACACAGGGUACAAGUUGAUCGUUCACCCUCCGGAUGAGAUAGCAUUAACCGGAGAUAGAUUCUUACGGCUGAACAAUGACGAUGUCAUCGAACUAACGUUCACCCCGAAUGCAUUGUACACGGCACGUGACUUGCACAAUGCUUCACCGGCUAGACGCAAGUGCUUCUUCAAUCAUGAAAGGUACUUGCGGUUUUUCAACCAUUACAACCAGGCAAACUGCGUUGCCGAGUGUGUUGCGAACUACACUCUGAAGAAGUGUGGUUGCGUCAAGUUCUCGAUGCCACGGACGGCGACAAUGAAGGUUUGCGACGCAAGCAAGAUCGCCUGUUACAGUAACAUUUUGAAGGAAGUAUUCGAAGAUGUUUUUUAUUCGGAAAAGCAUAAAAAACUAUCGGCAUGUCAAUGUCUUCCGGCUUGUAACAGUGUUCAGUACCAAGCGGAGAUAUCACGGAUGCCGUUCUACUUUAAAGAGUUUGCCCAUGUUGCUGGACCAGCAUUUGAUAGAUAUGAAGGCUACGAUCCAGCGAUACUUAUGCUAUCCUUCAAGCAUCGUCACUACUUGCCGGUGUGGAGACGACCGAUGCUGAGCCUGACGGAUGUGGUGGCGAAAUUUGGUGGACUGUUUGCCCUGUUGAUGGGUGCCAGCGUGAUGAGCGUGGGCGAAAUCUUGUACUACUGCUGCAUACGGCCGCUGCGCAGGGAGCGAUUCCCCAGGUUGGCGAUCAACCGGAUCUUUGUGCUGCCUUGGGCGGCACAUCGGAACCCAUUUCGGGUUCCGAGGAACUAUUAGGAAGGACCAUUAUAUAUAACAUUCAAUCAGCUGGUAAUGAAUAUAUUAAAAACUCUGUCACUAAAGGUCACAAAGUUUACUUUGUAUGCUAGGUUAACAAUA